CCUGUCCUCGGCACAGAGUCACAAUGAUAGCAGAGAUCAUCAUUUACUGACGUAAUGCUAAACAGGCUAGCCAUUUCUCAGUAGCAUUGAUAAAGGCAACUUAUUAAGGACUAGCCGAAUUGCUAUGUGUUGUUCGCUCCGUGUUACAUUAACUUCAAUGCACAUAGAAGCAUUGAUGCAACAGCUUUACCAUUAAUCCCCUAACAUUAAACACUUGAUUUGAUGUUAAUACUAAUGUUGGCCCACUAUUAUACAAGUGAAUCUAUUUGAGACUAAUACCAGUGGUCCCUGUCCGAUUGGGACUUCCUUUUGUUUACAUCUGGGUCACAGGCUGUCCAUGUAAGGCAGCCUUACAAUGCAUAGCAGAUUCACUUAAAAUAGGAAGUGUGGUGAACACAUUUAUAUUGAAUGUUGCUAAAAACCGAAACACUUUGAGGUUUAAAGCUUCCUAUCAGUUAGCUUGGGCAGGGCCACCUCCUACCUACUAAUGUAUAUUUAUUCCAGCUGAGUGCUUGCUGAGUCCGUAACGUUAGUUCACCUCUGGCAGGACACCAUGCGCUUCUUAAAAGGCCUUAAAAGCAAAAGUAGAGCGGGCUCUGUUGCUCUCCAUUAUCUUGCAUGUGGGUGUUUUGUGUUUUGGUCAUGCAUGCAGCCGGGCCUCCAGCCUGCGCUUUGCACACUGCCAGCGAUUGAGCCAGUGUCAUUGCAGUAGGUGGAGGCUCUUCCUCUCUUUCUCCCCACUGCCUCCAUCAACCUCAGCGUUCCCUAUGUUAACCCUCUUGAGCAUGUUUUACUAUAUCUGUCUGCGGCGACGCUCCAGGAGUGGGACACGAGGCGAGGCCCUUACCAGCCGGAGGGCCGUCGAGUCCGGCCAGCGCGCGGUGUUACCGAUCAGUGUGGAGGUGGAGCAGUACGCCAAGGAGGUUCUGGACUUCAGCUCCCACUAUGGCAGUGAGAAUAGCAUGUCGUACACCAUGUGGAACUUGGCCGGGGUACCCAAUGUCUACCCCAGCUCAGGGGACUUCACUCAGACGGCUGUAUUCAGAGCUUAUGGGACGUGGUGGGAACAAUGUGCCAGUGCUCCGCCACCUUUUCGGCGGACCCCGAAAGGCUUCCACAGCCAGGAUUAUAUUGAGCUGGGUUUCGAGGAGCCUGUCUACCCUACAGCAGUGGAAGUGCUUGAGACUUAUUAUCCUGGAACCAUUGUUCAGAUUCUGGCCUGCUCUCACAACCCCUUCUCCCAGAAUCCACCAACUGAUGUCAGGUGGGAGGUGCUGUGGUCAGGGGAGCCCACCAAGGUGCUGACACCCCAGGCACGUCAGUUUUCCCCUAACAUCAAGCACAUCAGCUUCCCCACCAACCUGCUGCGUCUGGAGGUCAACAGCUCUCUGCUGGACUACUACACCGAGCUGGACGCCGUGAUCCUGCGUGGGGUGAAAGAGAGGCCCAUGCUGGCCCUCUAUAAGAUGCCUAUCAUCGACAUAAACGACCUGAGUGACAGCGAGGAGGAGCUCUCUGACGUGGGAGGUCCUUUCAGACAAGGAGGAGACGGCAAGAACCAGAGGACGGGCAACGGCUCCUUUGACAAACUGCCCUACGAGCUCAUUCAGCUGAUACUGAGCCACCUGACCCUGCCGGACCUCUGCCGUCUGGCCCAGAGCUGUAAGCUGCUGCACCAGCACUGCUGCGACCCGCUCCAGUACACCCAGCUGAGUCUGCAGCCCUACUGGGGCCGGCUGAGUGACGCCUCCUUGGGACACCUGCAGGGCCGCUGCACCCUCCUCCAGAGGCUCAACCUGUCCUGGACCGGCAACCGCGGAGCUCUCACCCUGACCGGCUUCAGCAGCUUCAUGAAGGCCUGUGGUCUCAGCCUCGGCUGCCUGGAACUGUCCUGCUGCCACUUCCUGAAUGAGCCCUGUCUGGAGGUCAUCUCUCAGACUUGUCCUGCGCUGCAGGACCUCAACCUGUCCUCCUGCGACCGCCUCCAGCCGCAGGCCUUCGCCCACAUCUCGAAACUAACACGCCUCCGCCGGCUGGUGCUCUAUCGGACCAAGAUCGAGCAAACAGCUAUUCUGAGCAUCCUGACCUUCUGCAUAGAGCUGAAACACCUCAACCUGGGAAGCUGUGUGAGGAUUGAGGACUAUGAUGUUGUGGCCAGUAUGCUGGCCGCCCGCUGCCGCUCACUCUGCUCCCUGGACCUGUGGCGCUGCCGAAACCUGACGGACCGAGGCCUGGCCGAGCUGGUCUCUGGCUGCAGGAUGCUGGAGGAGUUGGACCUGGGCUGGUGUCCCACGCUGCAGAGCAGCACGGGAUGUUUCCAGCAGCUCGCCCGCUGCCUGCCGCGCUUACGCAAACUCUUCCUCACUGCCAACCGCACUGUCUGCGACUCGGACGUAGAGGAGCUGGCAGGAAGCUGCCCCUCACUGCAGCACCUCGACAUACUGGGUACCCGGUUGGUGAGUGCUGCCUCACUGAAGAAACUCCUCAAGUCCUGUCCACGACUUCUCCUCCUGGACGUGUCCUUCUGCUCGCAGAUAGACAUGCGGGUUGUCCAGGAGCUCUCCAGCCUCUUCCCCAACGUGGCCAUCAAGAAGAGCUUCACCCAGUGACCCCAGCACUGCCUCAUUUCCCGCAGACCGGAUGAAGAUAGAGGAGGGAGGCUCGCCUGCAGACACUGCCCCAAAAUAAAUGAGGCCGGACAGAUGUUGUAGGAGAGAGUCUGUCUGCGUCUGUACCGCAGACAAGAUCCUCCAAUUGAAAUGACUGCUUGAAAACACAGUUACAGACUUCCACUCACAGGAUUAUAGAAGGUGAGACAUUUUUGCUCAUUUCUUUUUGGACACUUAAAAUCAGGGUUGUUGCAGUAAAACUGCUCCAUCUCCCCAGAAUCGGGAAUCACCACUAAUGUAUUGCCAGGCAACACUACGCUCGGGUAAAUGCCACUGGAUGCAAAACACAAAACACAAAACAAAACCAUUUGUCCCCCCCCCCCGAACAUCUGAUUAGGACUACGAGAAGGGGAGGCCGUGAAACACGCCCUCACGGGGGGGAAAGUCUUAAAAGGAGCGGUGGCUUUUGGUGGUCACAUAUUUAUGGUCGCUGGUAUCCUGUUCGAGUCUUUUUCAGAAUGUGCAGCAAUCAUGCUGGCUGUUUUAAUGAAAGGGAUUCAUUCUGAAGGCAUCUGCUAAAAUUUGAGAAGAAAUUUGCCUCAAGGUUUGUUGUGUUAAAGGUGAAAACAAUAGAGUCAACACAGCAUUAUUUAACACAAUGUGCCGGUAUCGCAGUAUUUGUUGGUGCGAACCAACCCGAGACAUCUUGAAAAUAAAUACACCAUCAACUAUCCUUGCACCUGAGAUUCCCAGAUAACAAGUUUUUUUAUCAAAAAAAACAUAUGUUAGAACUUGUGAAAAACAUUUGUUGAAAUUGUGCUAUAAAUAAGAUGGUAAAAACACCUAAGGUGUAAAAUAAAAUCAGCACAAGUAAAAAGAGUAGUUACAGUCCCAAAGGUAUAAUAUAAACAAUGUGAAAAGAAGUUGUGACAGAUAUAAAUUAAGUGCACGUAAUAUAUUAGAUCUUCUGAAAGCAUAAUAUGAGGACGUCAAUAUAUGGGUUCUAUACAGUAUAAAUGUAUUAAUUAAGAAUGACUUUAAUGGAGAUUGUGACAUUUUAUUUGCCUUCUUUUUGAACAAAUUAUACAGGACCUCUGUUAAACUCAACGUUAGACUUUUGUUGGAUUGAAUCUCCAGAUCUAAAGCACCUGAUCCGGGUUCCUUUCUGUUUACAUCUGCCGUCUGAAUCUAACGUGGUGUAGAAAGUGCCUUUCACACAGGAAGGGGUUGGCGCUGCACUCACUGGAAGCCACUGGAAGUAAUGGGCUUCAGAGAGCUUUUGUGCUGAUGUGUGUGUGAAAGGCCCUUUAUGUUCCACUGGUUAUGACCGAGGCUAUUCAACAAAACUCACAAAUGUAUACAUUUUUAAAUUAUUCAUCUUUUUUUUUUUUAGGUUGGCCAACUAGAUAAUUGGAUUGCUAAUUAUGUUUGCUUAGCUUUUGGUCAGCUAGUGUUUUGGUUGUGUAAUUCUAAAGGUAUGACGAGCGCUUUGACUCCAGAGAUGAAUGAUAACGUUUGGAAGUCACCGGUUCCACGACGCUCUCCUGAUGUUGCAUGCUUUUCCUGUUGUCCCCGCUGACUACAGCCACCUCUUUAUGUAUUUACCUACCUAAGCUUCGCCGAUGAGAUGGAGCAAUGUGGAUUCAGUGGCGCAUAGUAUGUGCAAACACUCUUAUGUGACCUCAGUAUUUGUCCUGAAACUCAGGGGUUUUAAUAUUUCAUCUGGUUUUAUUUUUUUUUAUUUUAUUUUUACAUGUAUUUUGCUGCUCCUAAAACCAGCAGACUCUUUACAGUCCAUAACGCCAGGCUUAGUGAGCUUUGAGGUUCUGUCGUCAGUGUUGACAAACACACACGGCACAAACAUCACUGUGGCUAAAGUUCUAGCUUAUCGGCUGUGGAAUGUUUCUGUAAUCGUACGAUUGUUAAAAAUAUAUUGAUGUCUGUGAUUAUUUCAUAAUUUAAUCAUAUUUUAUUAAUAUAAUUUAUUUUCAAGUGCUUCAAAUGCAUUUUCUUUUUUCUUGCACAUGCUCCUUGUCAAUAUUUGUGCCUUACACUCCCGUUUGAAUGUGGUGUAAUGUUCGUGUGGUGUAGGUUGUUGUGAAGAGCUUUGAUUUUAUGGCCUUCAACCAAAGUAGAACGCAGACACCUGGUCUUUAAUCCCACGGCUAUAUUUGACCAGCUUGAAUGCCAUUUAUUGUAAAUCAGCAAUUAAUAUCCCAAAUCAUAUUUAUUUAUAGUUCCCUGUGUGAUAAAAAUAUUAUCCAAACGUUAUUACGUUAUCCCUAUAUACAUAAGCAGCACUAAACAUUUUGGGAAACAUUUUUUUUUUCUCCCAAAUGAGUGGAACCACAUUGAUUUAGUCUGAUUGCAUUCAGUAUGUUUAUAUCUGACCACAAAGACUGGAAGAGCAUCUCCAGCUUGGCACCAAUAAUGAAAACGGGGAGGCUAUGGGCCUAAAUGGAGAGAAAAGGCAUUUCCCACAAGACCAAAGUUGUCUUCUAUGUGGUUUGUUGAACAGAACAAAAAGCAUUUGUGACUACAGAAUGAAUAAAUUACUGAAACUAGGUCAAGUAAAUCAAGUUUGAAGCUGUUGGAAUAUUUGUUUGGACUAGUGACUGCAGUUUAGCUGCUGUAGCCACCACUCACACAGCGGUCCUAUUUUCUUUGUGGGGGUGGAGGCCUUGAAUGGAGCUGAAUGGCAUUCUAUGACAACAGUUCAACUACGUAAAGUGGGCUUUUCAAAUGCUUAUUUUGAUUAGAGUUAAUAUCUUUAGAUUAAAAAAAAACGUCUCCUAUCUGAAUGCCAGCCUGCUUCCAGUCUUUGUGCUAACAGGUUAAACGUUUCCCAGGUCGACGUGCUGGGGGCCAAAUAGAUUAAACAGAUGGUCACUGUCUUACCAACGAAGCAGUUUGGUCGAACACCUCCCAGUAUUGAGCAAGUGGGAUGACUCUGCUGUUCUGUUGUGAAUAUGCAUCGACCUGCGUGCCGUCCGUAGGACAUGCAGAUGAGCUCCCUGUGCUGCAGUAUGAAAGUCACUGUUCUGUGAAAAGAUUGUGCCUCUGUCAUGAUGAAACUGGGUGCUUUAAUUUCACUAGAUUUUAAAUAAACUGAAUGCGGAUGA